AUGAAUUCUAGCUUGGCCUCUCUUACAAAUAAUUUGGGUGAUAACCACCCAAUUACGACUGAGUAUUUCAAGAAACAAGGCUAUUCUUCUGAACAGAUUUCUUUAGCAUAUUGUAAAGGAAUUUUUCUUCAUGAGUAUAUAGACUCUCAUGACCGAUUUAAGGAAACAGAAUUACCUCUGAUUUAUGAGUUUCAUAGUGUUCUUGGAGGUAAGAUUUCACAAGAAAAUUAUAAUCAUGCCCAAUAUAUAUGGAAUGAAUUUAGGUGUAAGAACUUGGAAGAAUAUAAUGAUCUUUAUCUUAAAAUAGAUGUGCUUACCACACUUUCUCUAUUCUGGGAUGCUAUGCUCAAGAUGACCAAAGUCAAAAUUGAGCUAUUUACAGAAAUGGCAAUACAUAACUUCAUUGAAAAG